AUGUUCAAGAUUGCAUCGCCCGUGGCUCUCUCCAGCAAGGUGCGCCUCGCCUGCCUGCCCAGCGCCAACCAGAUCCUGCCCAACAACUACCCGUGCUACGCCACGGGCUGGGGAUCCCUCGACACCAGCGGCCCCUUCCCCAGCGCCCUGCAGCAGGCCAGCCUGCCCGUGGUGGACUACUCGACGUGCAGCCAGCCCAGCUGGUGGGGGAGCAGCCUGAGGAGCAGCGUGAUCUGCGCGGGGGGCAGCACCCGCUCUGCGUGCUAUGGUGAUGGAGGUGGCCCACUGAACUGCCAGCGGUGGGACAAUGCCUGGGUGGUGCAGGGAAUCGCCAGCUACGUCUCAUCUCUGGGCUGCAACACGAUCCGCAAGCCCACCGUGUUCACCCGCGUGUCAGCCUACAACAGCUGGAUCAGCGCUGUCAUGAGCGUGUACCGUGAAGCCCCGAAGCUCGCCGAAGGAGAGCAGAGCGUCAACAGCGGAGUCAAUGCCACAAUUGCCGCAUUCAAGAAGCCACAGGCUUAAAGCAUCACGCUCUUUAUAUCAAUGCUACCACUAACCCGAGCAUUACAGUUCCUUGCUAUGGGUAUGGCCUGUUUAAUGUGGAACUGGGCCUGUGAGCAUAGGAUGGGUGGUUCUAUUCAGUGAGUUUGUGUGGUCAUGCCAGACAUGUUAUUAGUGGUAAUGACACUGUCACAAUAUGGCAUUUAGAUCAGAUGAUGAACAGUUCUCUAUUUUGACAAAAUAUUUUUUUGGAAUACCAACAUGUAUAUUGUACAUCCAGUACUGAAAAUACAAUUUUAAAACAUCUUUUAAAUUGAAGAUCCAUCAUCACACUACACUUUGCAUACCAAGUUAAAAUCCUUUACUUUUGUGAAGACAUUGUUCAACAAUAUUGCAUAUACACUAACUCUUCGCCUGAUGAAAAAUGCUAAAUUUAAACAUCAUCCAUUCAGUUUACAAAUUAUAUAUUCCCAAGCAACAGUUGGAGUUGCAAGCUCACCGGACUAUUAGACCACCAUUAAAUGUUUUCUUUGUUGCACAUGUACAGCCCCUACAUAUCCAGGAACUUACAUUACUUUUAAUUAAUGUCAUUGAGGCUUUAAUAUACAGGUCAAGAGAAGGUAGCAAUUGUGCAAUUUCUUCCAAUAUCAAUUAAGUUUGGAUUGGAUCACGAGAUAAACUUCUGUAUUUUGGAAAGAAAGUCGAGUCAGGGUUAUACAGCAUUGUAAAGAAAAUUUAUUUUAAAAUGAUUCAUCCAUCUGAUGUGUUUUCUGAAUUCGUCAUACUGCAUUAAGCUCGAUACAUUUCUAAUCUGCUGGUGUAUAGUUUUGAUUGGUGAAAAAUAAAAGAAAAAAUGCAAACAACAUUCU